AUGGAGAAACUGGGGCACCCAUAUAGUGAUGAUUUGGCAACAGACAUCAUUCUCCAUUCACUACCAGAAAGUUUCAACCAAUUUAUCAUGAAUUUUAACAUAACUACCACUGCAAAGACUAUGAAUCAAUUGCAUGCAAUGCUGGUUAGUGCUGAGAAACAAAUCCCUAAGGAACCUAAGAAGGAAGUUCUUAUGAUUCAAAAGGGAAAGGGGUUCAAGAAGAAGGGGCAAAAGGCUAGUGCCAAGAGCAAGGGCAAGCAAGUUGCCAAGGCUCCUGAAAAGCCUAAGAGGACUCCAAAGCCCAAGGCUGCAAGUGAAAGUGAAUGCUUUUACUGCAAGAAGAAGGGGCAUUGGAAGCGAAAUUUCCAGAAAUACCUUGACUUCCUCAAAAAGAAUAGAGCAUCAACCUCAGUGCUUAACAUUAUGAAUGUUGAGCAGGAACUGCAAACAAGUGAAGCUAGCAAGGAAAUGGAGCUUGAAGGUGCACUAGAAGUGUUUGAGUGGCCAGAGAUAGCUUCAUAG